GGAGUACUAGUAUAAAUUCUGUCUUGAUAUUCUUAAUUUUUACUAGAAAAUAAGUAAAAAAGCGAUUCUCGCACAACCGAAGCAGCCAAAUGGAAAUCAAACUACGUAGCUAUCAAUUUCAAUUGCGGAAUUCAUCGAAUUCGUGUUGCUAAUUUGUUAUUUAAUCAGCAUUCGAAAGAUUUUUAUCAUGCAAAUUUUACAGAGAUGGCGAAGCCUGUUGAUUCUCAGCAACACCUUUACUCAAUCGACGAGAUUAGCUGCGGCAGCAACACAUUUGGCUUCAUUUCAUUCCGCUGGUGUAACAAGAGAUGAAGACCAAUCAAAGACUUAUAUAAGAUAUACAGUACGGCAGAAACGGCCCAACACAACUAAGAAAGAUCUUAAAAGUAUUCUCUAUAAUGGGGGGUGCUCAACAUCAAGAUACCAGGUAGCGGGAGACUAUGCAGAUCGAUUAAACAAGAAAUCUCGAAUAAAGGCUGCUCAUCAUUCUAAGAGAGCUGCUCAAAGAAAGUUGAAACGGAAGCAUCAGAGAGAAAACACGUUCGAUGAUUGUGAUGACGACCCUGCAAAAGCAUUUUUUGCUGCUUUCGGAAGAGACGGCUCAAGCUGGAACUUCAGAUGCCGGGAGCAGAGAUCCGAGUGGACAGAAUACUCCAACCAGAGUAACAGUAGAUUCAGCGAACAUGCAGCUAAAAGCGUGACAUACGCUGAUCGGAAAAUCCUUGGUUUGCCAGAAACUGGUCCUCUGAAAAUCGAAGAUGUCAAAACUGCAUUUCGGUCGUCUGCUUUGAAGUGGCAUCCCGACAGGCAUCAACCGUCUUCACGAGUAACUAAAUUUUCAUCUCCCGUCCGCUUUACUUUUGCUAUUUCAUCUGUAUACGUAUUAUUAUUAGAUGAUGACAAGGAUUCUUGAUUUCACAGGCCGCUGCUCAAGAACAGUUUAAGCACUGUGUCGAUGCAUAUAAAUCACUAUGCGCGAGUGUCUCAUCGCGCUAGACACAGAAUUUGUUGGUCUACGAGCCACUUAAUUUAGUGUAUUUCUACUUAUUUUGUAAUUGAACGUUGAUGAUUAAUGAUUCUUGAUUUAUCUUUGUGACCGUCAUAA